AUGUUAAUGUUUGAUAUACAAGGAUCAACACCUAGUUGCCUGUUCGAUUACGUAGAAGUUUUUGACGGUCAAGGCGUGACUUCAAGAUCGUUUGGCAGAUUUUGUGGGAAUAUGUUCCCGCGAGAUCUAACGUCGUCAUCAAAUUACAUGUACAUUGUUUUCACAACAGAUAGUUCUGGAACUUAUAAAGGUUUUUCUGGAAACUAUUUUACAAGAGGUAGAUCAAGUAUUAUACAAGCGGAUAAUGGGAAUAUAGUGAGUCCUGGUUUUCCUAUAGGCUACCAGAACAACAUGUACUUCACGUGGACUAUUGUAGGAAGUCCUGGAACAUUCAUCACACUAAAUUUUACAACACUAGAUUUGGGAGGUAGUUUGGAGUCAUGCGUCAGCGAUUACAUUGAAUUACAUGACGGGGCGGGAAGUGGAGACCCGCGGUACCCAAAGCUCUGCGGGAGUGUGACGCCAGGACUCCUUGCGUCUACGUCGAACUACAUGUACCUGGUGUUUAGGACGGAUGCGUCAGUGACUCGAAGAGGAUUUAAUGUCACCUUUUACACACAAGGACAAAACAUUUUACUCCAAACACCUGCCGGGGACAUUGUCAGCCCGGGGUUCCCUAUCCGUUACCUGAACAAUAAGGACUACAGGUGGACAAUUUCUGGAACAUACGGGAGUUACCUCGUUUUAAACAUUACGAUGCUAGAUUUAGGCAGCAUUUCUGCCCCAUGUUCCAACGAUUACCUGGAGUUCUACGACGCAGCUAACCAAGCACUCGGACGAGUCUGCGGCAAUGUCUCCCCCGUCCUCAUCACUUCUACCAACGAGUACAUGAAAAUUGUUUUCAGAUCAGACAGCUCAGCUACAUUUAAAGGAUUCAGUGCGCAUUUCUCUUCCCAAGGUUCUACAUUAGAAGGUUCUUCUGGGGUUUUAAUAAGUCCUGGAUUCCCAUUCAGCUAUAAAAACAGUGCUGUGUAUUCGUGGUUUAUAACAGGAAUUGCUGGUUCGUUUAUCGUACUCAAUAUUGAUGUCCUCGACAUUCAGGGACCCUCCCCGACGUGUUCAUUUGAUUAUCUACAAAUCGUGGACUCUGAUGGUAGCACGCAGCUGGCUCGCCUCUGUGGGAGUGGUGGCUCCAUUGUCACAGCAUCAACUGGCACCAGCAUGUCUGUCUACUUCAGGACCGACAACUCUGUCGUUUACAAGGGAUUUACUGGAAACUAUUAUACACAAUCCUCGUCCAGUACACUCAGGAAACCCAGUGGCUAUCUGGUCAGUCCUGGUUUUCCCAGGUUUUUUCUAAACAACAAAGUUUACGACUGGACUGUAGAGGGUACCGGUGGCGCAUUCGUCAUUUUCAACUUGCCAGAUUUCUACAUCAGGCCAUUCUGGCACGCUACAAAGCUCAGGGUACCCAAGUGGAUAUAA